CUAAGACCCACGGUACAACCCACAUGGCUUCUAGGGCGAGUGCCACCCACAAAUUGCGGGACGCCGACGCUGAAGGCCCCGACCCUCAUGACAUGUGACUAUUUUAAAGAAACAGCAUCGUAGAAGGACAAACCCAGCCGUCUGUUGAUACCCAAGAAAACAAGAAAAACUAAACACAAACACUUCCUCCUCUUUUCUAUAAGAAUUCCAUUUUCUUGUCUCUUUAUCUUCCCUGUGGUGCGCUUUAUCAGUAAUUGUUUCUCCCAACACUCAGUUUUUGCCCUUUUAAAUCUAUAAAAAACUGUUUGCCAUUUCCUUUCGAUGAAUUGAAGUUCAUAGUAGUUGAAACGCCCGGCGUUGGCAGGCGUACUAUUUAGUUUCAUCUCUUUUGUUGUGUUGGUUCUGGGUUGGUUCUAAUCCAGUUGAGGGUUAGUUACCGCAAUUGCCGGAAAUUAUCAUCCAAAUUUUCUCUCAAAGAAUUAUUAUUUGCUUUUGGGGAGUACAGUGAUUUGGGUUGGAAUAGUUUAGGUUUCUUUGAGUUGUUUGAUUUUUUAGAAGAAUGAGUUUAUAUAGUAGUUGUUGCAUUGCAUUGUUUUGUUCUUCAUUAUUGAAAGGGUAAGGGUAAGAGUGUUCUGAGACCUAUAUUUGUUUCGUUUGGCAGGGAUGAGAGUCUUCAUUGUUCUCUGAAGAACCCUAGAAUUAGCAUUUCUAACAGAAUUCAUUUAUUUUUAUUUGGACGAAAUUGUUUUUUGGAGAAGCCCUUUGGAAUUUAAGUUCUUUUUCUUAACAUGAUUAAGAGGAACGCUCUAGUUUUUGACUUAAUUGGUUGAUUGGUUGGUUGGUUGAUUGAUUUAUUAAUUGAAGUUGUUUUUGGCUCAAGAAUUUGUUGGGUAAAGGAGUAAAAGUGUACAGUGAGAACAUAGAAACCCUAAUUUUUUCAGUGUACAGAACAUUUAGGAAAAUUUGGGGUUUCAGAAUUUUUAUUGAUCCAAAUCGUUUUUGUAUUUAGUAGGCGGAUGUGAGUGGGAUUUUAAGAAACGGAGAGUGGGUUGAAGGUGAAAUUUGUUGGGUUUCCGAAGAAACUGAAAGUAGCAGUUUAGUGAACUUACGAGGAAGAAGAGUUCUUUUUUUGGUUUUUUGGUUUUCUUCUAUGUGAUCAUGUUUUGUACUCGUGAUGGAAAGAAGUGAGCCUGCUUUAGUGCCAGAAUGGUUGAAAAACAGCGGAACUGUUACUGGUGGUGGCCGUGCAAGCCAGCCUUUCGGGUCACAGAAUUUGUAUCCUGAUGGUCACUUUGUGUCGAAGCAUGAAAGGAAUAAGUCAUCUCUGAGUAGUGACUAUGAUAUAGGCCCCACAGUUGCUUCUGGUUUGGGGGAUCAACAGCACUAUGAACUUCCUGAUUCACUGGGGAGCAUCUUACUAAGUAGGUUCAAGAAAGAAAAAUUGCAAGGUUCGCUGCCAAUGACUGGAAAACAGGGUGACAUGUGGCCAAGGAAGGUAGCAAGUCACUUGACCAAUUCCAAUAGAAGCAGUUACACCAAUGGCAAUGGUUUCUUUAACCGCAGUACUGUUGUUAGCAAUGUGGACAAAAUUGCUUUUGAACGGGACUUCCCCUCACUUGGAGUUAAAGAGAGACAAGGUGGCCCAGAAAUUGGAAGAGUCUCAUCUCCUGGAUUGAGUACUGCCAUUCAGAGAGCACAGACUAUUGGAGGUGAUGUCUGGACUUCUGCACUAGCAGAGGUACCAGUGAUUAUGGGAAACAAUACUACUACAUCUAUGCAGCAAAAUGUUUCUGUAACCUCAGCUUCUGUGUUUCCAGCUCUAUCAGUGGGACUCAAUAUGGCUGAAACAUUGGUUCAAGGUCCUUCUCGAGCUCAAACACUUCCCCAGUUGUCUGUUGGAACUCAUAGGCUUGAAGAGUUGGCUAUUAAGCAAUCAAGGCAACUAAUUCCCAUGACUCCAUCAAUGCCUAAAACUUUGGUGGUCAGCCCUUCUGAGAAAUCAAAAGCUAAGGUUGUGCCACAGCAGCAGCAUCAUCCAUUACACACUAUCAAUCACAUACAUGGGGGGGCUGUAAGAUCUGAUAAUCCAAAAACAUAUAAUGAAGCCAGGCUCUGUGUCCUCAAGCCUUCACGAGAGCUGAACAGUGUCUCUUUAACCACAAAGAAUUGUUUAAGUCCCACUGAUGUGAGUAAAGUAGUGAUUAGUCCACAUGGCACUUCAUCUCCUUCUGGUUCUGCUCUUUUGAGGAGCUCAGGCAACAGCCCAAAAAGCAGUUCCGGUCCUCUAUGUGUAACCAUUGAGAAGAGACCAUCUCAAGCUCAGAGCAGGAAUGAUUUUUUCAAUCUCUUGAAGAAAAAAUCUUCUACUAACUCUACUUCUGCUGUCCCAGAUUUCUCCGUGUCAGAAAAAUCUGGUGAAAUUGUCACAGAAGAUGCUGGUGAAUCUGUUCCUGUGAAGGUUGGAGAUGCCCCAUCAUCGGAUUCUUCCCCAUUGUCGACCAACAAUGGUGGCGGAAUAAGUCACGAUGACAGUGCUUAUGUUGGAUCUUGGGUCUGUCUUGGUAAUGGAGAGAAACAUUCAAGCCCUGAUAUGGUUCUUGAUCCUGAUGAAGAAGAGGCUGCCUUUUUGCGAUCACUUGGUUGGGAGGAAAAUGCUGGUGAAGAUGAAGGCCUUACGGAGGAGGAGAUAAGCUCUUUUGUUAAGGAGUACAUGAAAUUGAGACCAUCCUCAAAGCUUCCCCAUGGAAUGUUGGCCAACCAUGCCAUUUAAACCCACAGGAUGGAUGCAGUGGUGGUGCUUUGUGUGAGUUGAAAGAAAGAAAAUGUGGUUUGCGUUGUUGGUAGUUUAAAGAGGUACAAAGGUUUGGCGAAUUGGUUUUGUUUCGGUGUUGAAGAUAAAAAUAGUGGUAGUUGGGGUUUCUCUUCCCAGUUUUUUCCUGUGACGGGUACAAUAAAAUAUAUAUAUAUAUAUAUAUAUAUAUAUAUAUAUAUAUAUAUAUAUAUAUAUAUGUAUGUAUGUAUGUAUGUAUGUAUAUAAAAUCAUUAUAAACACAUUACAUUUUUAUAUUUGGGGAAAUAAUGUCCAUCAUCCAAUUUAUACA